GGGUGAGAAACGGAACAUGUUUGGUGAAGAGCACAGUAGCUACGAUCCACUAAUCAGUGGACUCGAGCCUGAACCAUUGGAAACCGUUUUCCAAGAACUUUUCGCGGGUAUUAAGAACUAUUUCACACAGGAGGAGACGCCUAUUCCUUCGAAAUUGCAAAUUUUGCAAAAGCGUCGGCUCAAUGAGAACCGUCCUCAAACGGAACUCAAAGAGCAAAAAACUGAGCCCAAAACAAGAUCCCGUCAGUUUGCAAUGCUUCGUUGUGGAACGUGUUCUGAAAAUUUUGUAUCACAAUUUUCUUUGGAGCAUCACGAGACCCUAAAUCAUCCCGUGUCGUUUAAUUGGUUCUGUUCCGAAUGUAAUGUUCACUUUGACACUCUACAACAAGCCAGUGACCACACAAUGCUGACUCACGGGUGUGGAGAGAUGCCGGUGUGUGAGUCAAUGCAAAAUGCUCGAAUACCAUCUGGCCCGUUUCUGAUGCAAGCCAUCACACGCCGUUCCAGUGAUUUUGUAAAGGAAUUCUUGUUCACCAGAGACAAACAAACAGUGAUGACAACCGCAUAUUACACGUACGCAAAGUGUGAACUGCAGGCAGUUAUGUCGGGUAGCAUUGGCUUAGUGGUUUACAAUCAGGCUAAAAGCGACUUAUUGGCAACGCUGGAGUCUGCAGAUCACGAUGAUUUUGUGUCGAGCAUGAAAAAUACAUUUAUUUACGGGAAAUUCAUAAAACGUUCGCCUUCGGAAAGCUACGUCCCCUCGGCGACCGUUUUUAAGACACUGACUUUCAGCACAAUGCCGCCCCAAGUCAAAUUCAAAAAAUCGUCUCGACCGGUUCCACCUGGAAAAAGUCUUGGAGAAGUCGUCUCUAAAAUGGCGGCAAGUCAGCCGCAGUACACUGUGCGAUCUGCUCCGUACUCAAAGGGUCGAGCGAUCAUCAAAAUCCCGACUUCAAUUCGUAACCGCAACUACACACUUCCACCUGCAGGCCCACUUCCGCUGCGUCGCACUUUGAUUACUACCAACUACACCAUGUAUCCAGUCAGAAACGCUGUUCAGUGAUAAUCUCAUUUUGAAACUUACCCCCGAUUUAAUAUAGCUACAUGUCAUUAAUCAUUUUCUUUUGUCUCACUUAAGUUUUCUGUUACUUUUUUUCUACUUUUAACUUAUGCCUCAAGUCACUUCCAAAUCAAAACCACGACCUUUUCAAACUCUCUGUUGUUUUUUUUCUGAUCCGUGUAAUAUUAUUUAUUGUUUCUUUCUUUUUUACUUUUGCAGAUUCUCCUAAUUGAAAACUUUCAAUUGUCAUUUUUUUACGGUCCGUUUUAGGAAUCGUGUUCUAUUUAAAUAAUUGCCAAAAAUAAAUCUUUUCAGGUC